UUAUAUUACUGUGUGGUACUUUAGUAUUACUGGCCACAAACGUUUUUGGCUGAAUUUGCUAUUUUGAGUUGAAAUACGUAUCAGUGGACCUGUGGCUUGUGUAGAAUACGUAGCGAAAGGUGUAUUGUGGGACACUUCUGAGAAAACCCUGCAUACGUUCAUCUCAACAUAAAGUGUACACGUUGCAGUCGGAAAAAACAUCGUGAAACGAACUGUGUUGGCCACAACCGUCCAGCAUCCACAUCCAGCCAGACUCACUUCAUCUCUGGACGUGGACCCGUCACUACAUCUCUUACGAGACCAAACCACAGCAUCCACAUCCAGCCAGACUCACUUCAUCUCUGGACGUGGAUCCGUCACUACAUCUCUUACGAGACCAAACCACAGCAUCCACAUCCAGCCAGACUCACUUCAUCUCCGGACGUGGAUCCGUCACUACAUCCUUACGAGACCAAACCACAGCAUCCACAUCCAGCCAGACUCACUUCAUCUCCGGACGUGGAUCCGUCACUACAUCUCUUACGAGACCAAACCACAGCAUCCACAUCCAGCCAGACUCACUUCAUCUCCGGACGUGGAUCCGUCACUACAUCUCUUACGAGACCAAACCACAGCAUCCACAUCCAGCCAGACUCACUUCAUCUCUGGACGUGGAUCCGUCACUACAUCUCUUACGAGACCAAACCAUUUUAGAAAAAGCUUUAAUCAGUGUAGUGGGAACUUUAAGGAACUUUAAGGAACUUAUUUUAACUUGAGGGCUAAAAUCCGACAAGAGAAACAUGUCAGUACAGAAAAAAUUGACUUUUGUGAAGGGUGUGGAGGCUAUGGAGUGUAGUUCCCCAUCAUACACUCAUACUUCCCUAGAAGACACUUGUAGGGACAGUGAUAUAUAUGGUAAUUACCUGGAGAAAGUUCUCUACGAGUUGGGUAUCCAGUUUAGCCCUGGAGGCUCCAGUAUAGUGGAGGCGGAGGUAGACACUGGAUGUACGGAGGAACUGCAGUCCUUAUUGGAGGAUGAUUCCUGUGGCAGGAGGCACUCUGUAGGAGACAUUGGCACUCAACACGGAAAGUGCACUCUACACGACACUCAGCAAGAGGUGCUGUCCAGCAAACUUGAGUUAAGUGAAGGAGACCACGACUCAUCAACUCCUAAAAUUUAUCGUAAGAAGAGAGUGUAUGAAAUUGGCCUGGUUGAGGAAUGA